AUGCAGAGCUCCGAUUUCCCCUCAAAGAAGGGCGCUACCUUCGCUAGGACAUGUUUCAAUGGGAUCAAUGCCCUCUCAGGUCCCAACCCUCUAGAUAGCCUCUCUCUCUCCCUCAAACAGCCCCCUCUCCAACAGGGGUGUUUUCUUUAUCUUUCUCUCUCUCUUUCUCUCCCACUAACCCUUUUGAGAUGGGAAGAAACAACAAAGCACACAUGCUUCACGCCUCGUCAUUAACAUGGCGUCCUUCUCUCCGCGGUGGAGUGGGAGAGAGACAGACAGACAGACAGACAGACAGACAGACAGACAGACAGAGAGAGAGAGAGACAGAGAGAGAGACAGAGAGAGACAGAGAGAGACAGAGAGACAGAGAGAGACAGAGAGAUGAUAGUCGUCAUUCGUCUACAUUCGAAUCCCGCUUCCUGAAAAUAGACCUCCUCAAAACGCUCCUCUGAGAGCCGCUCUCAUUCUUGCACCAGCAAGAAAACUCAUCUCCCUUCUUCCGUCUGCAGGUGUCGGAAUACUUUCAGUGCCAUACGCCCUGGCCCACGGUGGGUGGCUUAGCCUGCUCCUGCUCCUGCUCGUCGCCGGCGUCUGCUACUACACAGGCCUCCUCCUCCGCCACUGCAUGGACUCCAACGAGCUCAUCAAGACCUACCCCGACAUCGGCGAGCUCGCCUUCGGCCGCAAGGGCCGCAUCGCCGUCUCCACCUUCAUGUACCUCGAGCUCUACCUCGUCGCCAUCGAGUUCCUCGUCAUGGAAGGAGACAACCUCGAGAAGCUCUUCCCCGGCGCUGCCCUACACAUCCCUGGCCUCCCCCCCAUCGGCGGCAAAAGCUCCUUCAUCCUCCUCGCGGCGGUGAUCGUCCUCCCGACGACCUGGUCCAGGAACCUCGGCGCUCUCGCCUACGUCUCCUUCGGAGGCGUGCUCGCUUCCCUCGUCCUGCUCGCCUGCGUUCUCUGGUUGGGGGCCGUAGAUGGCGUAGGAUUCCACGAGCGGGGCGCGCUCUUCCGCUGGAGCGGCGUCCCCACCGCCGCCAGCUUGUUCGUCUUCUGCUACAGCGGCCACGCCGUCUUCCCCACCCUAUACACAUCCAUGAAGGAACGGCUCAAGUUCUCCAAGGUGACCGACCGACAUCCUCUGAAGGAUUUCCCCCUUCCAGAUUGUCUGAUGCUCUCUCAGCUCACGUCGGAGUCCCCCAUUGCAGGUGCUGCUGAUCUCCUUCUUCCUCUGUACUCUCAGCUACGGGUCGAUGGCCGUCUCCGGCUACCUGAUGUACGGCUCCGGCGCCAAGUCUCAGAUCACCCUCAACCUUCCGGCCCAGAAGCUGAGCUCGAAGCUGGCCAUCUACACCACCGUCGUCAACCCGCUGACCAAGUACGCCCUCAUGCUCUCGCCGGUGGCCGCCGCCAUCGAGGACCACUUCCAGGCCUCCCGGUCGAGGUCCGUCAGCGUCCUUAUCAGGACCCUGCUGGUGCUCAGCACGGCGUUAGCCGCCCUGACGCUGCCCUUCUUCGGCUACCUCAUCGCCCUCACCGGCGCCAUCCUCAGCACCACGGCGUCCGUCCUGCUUCCCUGUAUGUGCUACCUCAAGAUCUUCAAGGACGCCCAGCGGAGGAGCACAGAGUCAGCCCUCAUCGGGGCGAUUAUGGCAGCGGGGACCUCCAUCGCCGUCGUGGGCACAUACUGCGCCGCCAGGCAGAUCGUUACCAGCCUGUGA